UAGUGUUAAAUUGAAAAAGAAAUUGCAAACUAUUAUUGAUAUGAAUUUCACUACAGAAGAUGAAAAGACAUAUUUACAACAAAAAUCUUGUUGUUUAUGUACAAAACCAAUAGAUUUCAUUGAUAGGGUCAGACAUCACUCUCACUCAACAGGAAAGUUUAUUGGUGCUGCACAUAAUACUUGUAAUUUAAAUACAAAAAAAGUAGAAUUCAUACCAGUAAUUUUCCACAAUCUAACUGGAUAUGAUAUGCAUUUCAUUUUGAAAUCUCUUGGAAAUUAUAGAAAAAAAAUUAGCACUAUUGCAAAAAGUAGUGAGAAAAUAAUGACAAUGACAUUGAAUAACACAUUAAGAUUUAUAGACUCAUUGAAUUCUCUACAUUCUUCUCUUGAUAAAUUAGUUGCUAUAAAUCCUGAGUUCAAGCUACUUCAACAACAUUACCCUCCUAAUAAAAUUGAUCUACUAAGAAAACAACAAUUGUAUCCAUAUGAAUAUAUGAACAAUUUUCAAAAAUUCCUUGAAACUAAAUUGCCAACUAUUGAUAAGUUCUAUAGUUCUAUAGGUGACAAAAAUGCAACUGUAGAAUGGUAUGAUCAUGCAAAAACAGUAUGGGAAGUUUUCAAAAUAGAGAAUCUUGCACAAUUCCAUGAUUUUUAUUUGAAAAUAGAUAUUCUUCUCCUUGCUGAUGUUUUUGAAAACUUUAGGAAAAUGUUCAUGAAUACAUACAACAUGGAUGUAGCACAUUGCUACUCUCUCCCUCACUUUUCCCGGUCUGCUAUGUUGAAAUACACAAAAGUAGAGUUGCAAUUAAUUUCUGAUCCUGAUCAGUAUUUAUUCUUUGAAAAAGGAAUUAGGGGCGGAAUUAGUAUUAUUCCACACCACUAUGCAAAAGCCAAUAAUAGGUAUAUGAAUGAUUUCAAGAUAAAUGAGCCAGAAACAAAUAUUAUCUAUUGGGACUGUAAUAAUCUUUAUGCUGUGGGAAUGUGUUGUAAUCUACCACAUUCAAAUUUUGAAUGGAUGACAGAAGCAGAAAUUCAAGAAUUCAAUGUAGAACAAGAUCAAAGUAAUGUAGGAUAUGUAUUGGAAGUAGAUCUUGAAUACCCAAGACAUCUUCAUAACAGUCAUAAUGACUAUCCUUUAGCACCGGUGAAAGAAAAACCACCAAAUGGAAAAACUGAAAAGUUGUUGACUACUUUGAAAGAUAAAGAGAAAUAUAUAAUACAUAUUAAUAAUUUGAAACUAUACCUAAGACUUGGCAUGAAGCUCAAGAAAAUUCAUAGAGGGAUUAAAUUUCUACAAUCUAAAUGGUUGGAACCAUUUAUAAACUUAAAUACUCAAUUAAGAAGAAAUGCACACAAUGACUUUGAACGCAAUCUUUAUAAACUAAUGAAUAAUAGUGUAUAUGGACGAACUUUAAUGAAUGUGAAAAAACAUUCUGAUUUUGAAAUUGUAACUAAUGAAAAAAGACUACACAAACUCAUUUCAAAACCAAGAACCAAAAACUGGCAUUUAUUUGGAGAAAAUGUUGUUGGAGUAACCUUAAAUAAAGUUGAGAUAGUGUUAAAUAAACCAAUUUAUGUUGGAAUGGUAAUUCUAGAGGAAAGUAAAGCAGUCAUGUUUGAUUUCCAUUAUAACUAUAUUAAAAAAAUAUUUCCAAACCAAUCUAAAGUUUUAAUGUCAGAUACAGAUAUUUUCAUGUAUUCAAUAGAAUGUGAUGACAUUUAUGAAAAGAUUAAGAUACAUGGAGAUAUAUUUGACACAUCAAACUAUAAAAGGAAUCAUAUGUUCUAUAACAAUUAA